AUGCAGAUCAGGCCCACCCUCUGCUAUGUUGGCGAAGAGCUCUUGCAGCGCGAGAUGACGUUAGAGAUGAUUCUCGAGGAAAUUGUGGAGGUUAUCGUCACGCGCCACCAUGACUACUGUUUGCAUGCCGGCGUCAUCAUGAUUUCCGACGAUUUCUUCCCCAAGCUGUAUCAGACCAGACUGCUCCGCCUCUUGGAUAAGAUGGGGCAAAAGAGGACCGAUGGGAUUGAUGGCCUGCCGACGUUUCCGUUCAUGGAAGCAGAGCGGGUUGUCGCUGCUCUUGUUGCGCGACGCCUCGCGUUGAGAGGGAAAGAGGGCAAGCGAACCGUCACCUGCUUCGAGCAGCAUCCACAUAGCUUGAGGCACAUUGCUUUGAGUCCGAUGCCGACGGUGCUGGACUGCAAGCUGGGCUACUCAUUGGGUCAUGUUGCAGGGGCUCUUAUCGAACAGCAGCAGACAGGCUACAUGGCGAAUGUUCGAAACAUCCAGAAGGACACCAUAGAUUGGCAGCCGUGUGCGAUCCCGCUGGCACGGCUGCUAAAGCCUUCUCCGGAUGGUCCGCAGCUGGAGCCUAUUGCCAAGCGGCGGCAGUUGAACAAGCAG